GAGUACCCCAUCGAAGUGGGGCCCCACACAUGCCUCGCACCCAAACGGGUCGGCGAUCGCUGUUCACAUCCAGAGGAAUGCCUUUAUUAUGACAAGAGUUCGCAUUGCAAUCAAAGCCCGUAUUCGUCGCGUUGUGAAUGCAAUGCGGGCUCUCUUUACGACAAGAAUCAACGCCUUUGUGUCACUGAGACGAAGAACGUGCGGAAGGGAUCCAAUACAGCGCUGAUGAUACCGACGGCGGCGGGCCUUCUGAUGGCGUGUUUCAGUGUCUUGUGUUGUUGUGCACUGAUUUGGCACAAUCUGUGCCGCAAACACAACACCCGUCAAAACACGGCCACGUCUUCCAGCGGCCAAAGAGGUCGUCGAAGUCAAAGCGAUUCGCGACGCGGAGCCGCUCUUAACCGCCGAAAUCAGUCAACCGAUGGCCAAACGGCACCACAUCUGCCGCCAUAUGAGUCGAUACUAAUCGAUAGCAUGAAUAACGAUCCGCCGCCCACUUAUGAGGACGCCAUCAAAGACUAUGAUUUGACACAACACACGACCACCACUACUGCCACCCGAGACGAUACCACGGAAACCAAAAUCACUUAA